ACAACUUAUAAUUUGUUUUUGAAGACGAGCCGAAGCGAGCGCCGAGAAUGAGCAGCUGCGAUUACAAUUAGUGGAUAACCUAUCCAUCUAACUUGUAAUUCUGCUCAGUUUCAGUGAUUAAUUCUACUGCCGAUACAAAGAAGAUCCAUGUAUUUCUUGGAAGAUCGUCCGCUUCUGUCGGGAAUUGAUCUUUAAAAAGUCUAUAAUGAGGUCUAGUUUAUCAAGGGAGAAAAGUUUUCACAAAGUACCUGGAAAGCAUUCACUUGAAGAUGGUGGAGGUGAGCCUCCUUAUUGUCUGCGUAGUUUCAAGCGCCAUAAAGUUUCUGCAAGUCCACAAUUUCAUACUAAAAUUGGAGCAGUUGCCAGUGAACUUCACGGAACAUGUAAUGCAGGGGUAACCAUUGUUGAAUCAUCAUUUGAAACCUUGAAGGGCGAACCUAGAAAUCUACCGCUUAAAACGUCAUCAAUUGAUUUGAUAUCCGGGUCUAUGAAGCCUUCAGUGUUGCAAUGUAAAGCUUCUGCGAUGAAUGUCGAAAUGGAAAUACUAAGAGUUCCGGAGAAAGUUGAGUUGGUUAAUACCGCGCGCUUCUCAGACACCUCAUCUAUGGCUUGUGUACUUCCUAGAAAAUAUCCCCCUCCAAAGAUCCGAAAAGGGGUUACCGUCUUUCGGGAAUUUCCGCAAAAUUGUGGAAGAGGGAAGCUUGAUAUGUUUCCUACAUUUAAAGUAAACAAUAGCGAGAAAAAGCAAAUGAUGUUUGAAGCUGAAAAGCAACAAAUUAGAGGUGGAUCUUGUAACGUUGGCAGUGAAUUUGCAAACAAAUUAGAAGAAAAGAUGUCAGAAGAUAUCGAUGAUAAAGUUGCAGCAGAAAGUGAAAUAGCUACUCAGGCGAACAAGGCUGAGCUGUUUGACAAGGUAUGUUAUUCUGACUGCAAGUUAAAUCAGGAAGCUAGCAUCGAUACUAUUAUGAUUGCAUCUUUCCCCCCAAGUAACUCACUACAAGCAAAUUCAAGUUCAAAAUUGACAUCCAAUACUUAUGGAGUCAGGAUGGAGAGAGAUGAGAAUGAUCCUGACAAAGACAGCAUUAAUAAUUCUUUGGCGAUGCAUUUGGUAAAUAAUGAAUAUGUUGAUAUGGCUUAUUCGGUUGGCGGUACAUCUAUCAGUCAACAGAAAGUAAAAACUUCUUAUUUUGCUGCAGCAACUGGUGCUACUGUUGGAUAUGGUGAUAAACCAUAUGAGCUCAUGGGUCAUGAAGGAUCCUAUUAUCUGCUUCUGAAACACAAUGAUGCCAAAUCUAAUGAUGGUGGGUCUGCCACUCGAAUGGGAGUAACAACUUCAAAUUAUGAAGCAGCAACCGGUGCUACUGAUGAAUGCAGUAAAAAAGUUUAUGAGGUUAUGGGUCGUAAAGGAUAUUAUUAUCUGCUUCUGAUACCUGAUAAUAUCAUAUUUGAUGAUGUUACCACUGCCGCUCAAGAAAGUCAGAAGGGAGUAAAAACCUCAGAUCCUGCUGAAGCAACUGUUGCUACUGAUGGAUGCAAUGAGACAAUGUAUGAGCUCAUGGGUCAAAAAGGAUCUUAUUAUCUGCUUCUGAAACAAGAUGAUACCAAUAAUCAUGUUCCGUAUGUGGAAGCUGAUGUGCAUAAUGUAGAAGCUGGUAUACAUAAUGUGGAACCAGCAUUGGAUCGGAAAGAAAAUAAUAGUACUCAUUCAGGUAAACCAUCCAUAAAUCUAACUGUUAAUAGUAACCAGGAAGCAUUACGCCGCAGUAAAGUGAGAGAGGUUCUGAAUCUGUUCCGAACGACCCUUAAAGAGCGUUUGUUGGAGGAACAAGUUACAAGAAAAUCAAGGAGCAAAACUAGGACAAUAUCAUCACAUAUAUAUGAGGAUGUAGCAAUGCUACUCAAGCAACAAAAUGAGUGGAUUUAUAUGAAUGAACGAGUCUUAGGUGCUAUCCCAGGUGUUGAAGUUGGUGACCAAUUUCAGUACAGGGCUGAACUUGUCAUUGUUGGAGUGCAUAUUCAAUUUGUCACCGAUAUUGAUUACAUGGAAAAGGAUAGCAAGAAGAUCGCCACAAGCAUAGUAUCCACACGUUUUUAUUCCGAUGAUGAAGAAUUGACAGAUGUCAUCUAUAUAUGUGAAGGUGGAAACAGAACAUUGGCACAAGGUAGGCUUGCCUUAAAGAAUAGCAUGGAUGAAAGAAGUCCAGUAAGGGUUAUUCGAGGUCAUCGAUGUUUGGAGGGAAAAAGCACUUCAUAUACAUAUGAUGGAUUAUACAUUGUAAGCAAGUUUUGGCAAGAGAGAUGGCAAAAUGGCAAUCUGGUUUAUAUGUUUCAAUUAAAUAAGAUGCAAGGUCAGCCUAAACUGAGAGUUAACAAACAGGGGAAACAUGGAAAAUCUAAGGCUUGUUUUUAUCGUACGUUGAUAGAUGAUAUUUCAUAUGGGAAAGAGAAAAUGUCUAUCCCUGUUGUAAAUGACAUAGACAAUGACAAAUCUCCAACUUUCAAUUACAUAACCAAAAUGGUAUAUCCACCAUUGAGGAAGUCUGCGAAUGCAAGAGGUUGCCGUUGCAUUGGCGGGUGCUCAGAUGAUGUGCAAUGUUCUUGUGUUGUCAAGAAUGGAGGUACGAUACCAUUUAAUGAAGAUGGAGCAAUUGUGAAAGCUAAGUCUAUUGUCUACGAGUGUGGUCCUUCUUGCAAAUGUCCCCCUUCUUGCACGAAUAGAGUUAGCCAACAUGGACUAAAAAUUCAGUUAGAGGUUUUUAAAACAGAAAUGAGAGGGUGGGGUAUUCGAUCACGGAAUUUCAUUUCAUCCGGGAGUUUUAUUUGUGAGUAUGUUGGUGAGUUGCUUGACGACAAGCAAGCUGAGGAAAGGAUAGGUUUUGAUGAAUACUUGUUUGAUAUAGGCGAUGAAGACGGCUUUGCAAUUGAUGCGGCCAAUUUUGGGAAUAUUGGAAGAUUUGUGAAUCAUAGUUGUUCACCAAACUUAUAUGCUCAAGAUGUUCUUUUUGAUCAUGAUGACAAGAUGAUGCCUCAUGUGAUGCUAUUCGCCACGAAAAACAUACAUCCUUUACAAGAGUUGACUUAUGAUUAUAAUUACAAAGUUGGUCAUGUUUCCGAUUCAAAUGGGAAUGUCAAGGAAAAAGCAUGUCAUUGCGGUGCUCGCAAGUGUACGGGAAGGAUGUAUUGAAACAACUUUUUAAAGGCGAUCUUGCUACCCAUAUUCAGUGGUAAUUACAGUGUGAUAUGAUUAGCAGAUUCCAGUUCUGAAGCUGUUUUCCAUCUUUUCAUGUUUGAAGGCAUUAAUCAUUUGCUUGAAACCUACAGAUGCUAGAGAUUUUUUUUUUUACUACCUUUAUUUAGUUUGCUGUUUUGGUAUUAAAAAAUGUAGGCUGUCAGGUUUAAACAAUGGUGAUUUUAACCAAGUCUCGAGGUAGAUGGGGACCUAAUUGUGUUUCAGUUAGUUGUUUUUGUUCAGCAACUACAUUGAACAUUAUUGCAACAAGUUAUGGAAGAACUUGUGAAAUAUUGGCCAUCCAUAUGCGAUGUAUAGGAUACAGAUUAGCUUUUGGUACUUGAUAGCCAGGUGCUAGACCUACUAAGGGAUCGGAUCCUAUUUAUUUAAAUAAAUUCCUUUAUUAUGUAUA